ACAGAGUCAGCCCUAGACCCGAGAAGAGCCCUCGCCCUCUGCUGCUCCCUCCGAGGCUGGGGCGGAGGGACAGGCUUCCUCCUUAGCUGGCUGCCUACUGGUCGACACACCGAGCACCCCCUCUUGAUUUGCCAAGCAGCAAGAGAUCUCACAUCACGCACACUUCUGGCAAGCUGUACACCACCGAGGGAUCAGGUAUUGUCAAGAUCUGGCUACCAUGGUCCACCUCAGCGUCACCCCUGGAAGCACACUUGCAGAUGCCCCGGUGUGGAUUUGUGCCUCUGGCCUUGUUCCCUCUCAGACUGUGACCCUGCAUGCGUCACUGACAGAUGAAAGGGGAGUGCAGUUUGAAUCCAGAGCCUUCUACCAGGCCAAUGAUGCUGGGGAGGUAGAUUUGAAGAAGACACCUGCUCUGGGGGGUGACUAUAUCGGAGUGUGGCCCAUGGGCCUCUUUGCCUCUCUGAAGGCUAAUAAGAAGUUCCACCGACUGAUGAAACGGGAUGUGAUGGGAAGCCCUUUCCAUAUCCAGAUCAGUCUCUUUGGCCCUUUUAAGAUUUUGACUUCACUGACCGAUGUACCACUUGCAACCAGUACGGUGGAGAGAUGGUAUGUGGCUCCUGGAGUGGAACGCUUCCAGAUCAAGACUGGCCGAGUUCGGGGGGCCCUUUUUGUGCCUCCAGGGCCUGGACCAUUUCCAGGGGUGAUUGACCUGUUUGGUGGGAGCGGAGGUCUCUUUGAAUUCCGAGCUAGCCUGCUGGCUAGUAAAGGCUUUGUUGUUCUGGCCCUGGCUUACUUUGCCUAUGAUGACCUGCCACAGAGCCUGACAGAAGUGAACCUGGAAUAUUUUCAGGAAGCAGCAAUAUUGCUCUUAAACCAUACUAAGGUAAGAGGCCCAGGAGUUGGAGUCAUUGGUUUGUCCAAAGGAGCAGAAAUUGCACUAGCCAUGGCUACCUUCUUACCACAAAUAGUGGCUGCAGUGUGCAUCAAUGGGGCCACAUAUAUGAAUGGUGCACCACUCUGUUUUGGUGAUGUCCAUAUCCCUGCCAUUCCUUAUUCUGCAGAGAAGAUUAUCAUCACUGAGAUGGAAGGAAUGGCCACUCUACAUGUUUGGGGAGAUCCUCAUGAUGAAAGACACCAAGCCUCUGCUAUCCCUGUGGAGAAAAGUCUGGGGCCAGUGCUCUUUGUGGUUGGUGAAGAUGAUGAAAGCCUAAAGAGCAAGUUGUAUGCUGAGAUAGCCAUAGCUAGAGCAAAGAAAUAUGGGAAAAAUAAUUGUACCCUGUUGUCUUAUCCAGGGGCUGGGCACCUCAUAGAAUUCCCUGGAUCCCCACAUUGCUACACCUCCCGAAUGCAGAAAUCACCUCUCCCCAUACAGUGGGGAGGCAAAACAGAGCCCCACGCCAAAGCCCAGGAGCACUCCUGGAAGGAAAUCCAAAAAUUCUUUGAACUUCAUCUUGGCCCACCUGGAAGUAGCAAUUUGUGAUACCAGAAGAAUGAAAGGGAACAUUGGGUAUCUUAUUCUACACCAAUGAUACACAAAUAAAUCAGUGGCAUGAAAGUCCCUACAAUGUCUCUUACUGCAUUAACACUGUGAGUGUGCAUUCAAGUUACUUGUCAGCUAAUGAUGACUGCAUGAAUUUCAUAUAGUCUUCUUAUGCAAGGAAAAAUAAUAAAUUCUUCUGAUGGCUCAAGGCGAGGGACAACAAAGUCCAAAACAUAUGAACACAAAACAUAAUAAUAAUAACAUAUGAACACAAAACAUAAUAAUAAUAAUAAUAUGAUAUUAUAAUUAUAUAUUUUAUAUUACAUGUAAUAUUACUAAUAAUAUUACAGUUUACUGGUAUAGUACAAUAUAGUAAUAUAUAAUACUAAUAUUGUGCUAUGGUAAUAAUAUAAUAUAUUGUAUUUACAUAUUACUUGUAAGCCACUCUGAGUCUGCUUUGGGGUAAGAUGGGUGGCAUAUAAAUGCCAUAAAUAAAUAAAAUAUAUACAAUUAAUUACAUAAAUAAUAAAAACAUUACAACUUGCACCAAACACAGAUACACAAUUGACAUAUAGUAGCAAUAGAUUUUGAUUUUGGACUGCGUGGUUUUUAAGAGUUUCUGCUAAGAUGUUUUCCAUAUUUUUGAAGUAAUUGUUUAUUUUAAUUGAUUGUUUUAUAUGGCAUUGAAUUGUUUUCAGUCUGUAAGACCAUCCUGAGUCCCAUUUGAGAAGGACAGGGUAUAAGUAUGGUAAAUAAAUAGAAUGUAAAUAAAAACUCAAGGUCGAAAGUUGACUGGGUAGGUCUGCUGGAAGAGAUAGGUCAUCAGUUGUGUGGCAAAUGUGUUUUAAAUAUGUUCCCAUUAUGCUACUCUUGAGGUACAUUGUUUUAAUUGUCUUAUAUGUUGUAUGUGUUUUUGUUGCCUUUUUAUAAUCAAAAAUUGAAAAUCUGCACACAUGUCCACCUGCUGACUACCCAUCCAUUGCAUUUGAAUGGCUUACUUGGCUCACAACCAGGGGUUAUCUACUCCAUUUUCUAAAUAGAUUAAGGUCUAUUUAGUCUGUGGCUAAUAACAAUGAGAAUUCCAAAAUGACCUGGAAAUCAUAGCCUCAUUCCAUCCCCUUUUCACUGCCUUGCCUCUACAGCAACACGUCAAUUAUUCUAGAUAUUUUCUUUUGGGUGAAAGUAGCUUCACAUGUUCACACCAUGAUAACAGCUCAACACCAUUGGAUAUGUGGUUUUCUUCUUCCAGGUCUCUAGUCUGGUCAUCUGUCCAGAAGAUGGAGAUAUUUUAGCAACUGAAAUGAGUCAUAAUGAUUACACAGAGGAGUCAUAAUGGUUACCCAGAGGAAUAUAUAGGUUUAGUUCAUCUCUUCCAUGGAUUCAUUUAAUGGUGUGUUUGCAGAUGAUGCAAUAUAUAGGUAUAUCUUAGUUAAACUUUUUGCAGCAUUGGCAGUUGGGAGAAUGAUGAAGGAAGACUAUCAGUGUUGUGCUGUUGCAGCAUGUCUGCAGUCAGGUACACAAUAAAACGACCUGUGAAAGAAUAGGAUUCUGCUCUAGGUACUUAUGUGCAACAGGCAAGGUAGGCAGCUGCCUUCAGAUUCACUUACAGAACAUGUGUGAAAAUUUAAAAAAGGGAAAGCAGAUUAGCCUGCCUCACCAGCUCCCCUUGCAUGUUGAAAAAACAUUGCUCUCUUGAGUUCACACUCACUUUGUUAACUGAAGUCCACUUGUUUUGCCUCUCGCUUUCCAAUUCUGCGUCCCAGAAACAAGGACACGAGACAGAGAAACCCACCCACUUAUAAAGCAAAUGUCUAAUCACCUGACUUUAGGCAACAUCUUUCCUCCUCUCCUGCUUCUGCCCCCUACAUGCCAUCAUUAAAACUGAACUUGUCACCUCUUCACCAUACUCACAAGUGUUGCAUUGUGAUGGCUAGUCACAUAUACACUCUGCUUAUACAUAUCUGCUCCUAGGCACUUCAUUCCAUGCACCUACUUACUUAAUUACAAAAGUACUUUAUGCUAUCAAUUUCUUUCCGUUAGUCUUUGGCUGAGAUUCCAGACAAACAGUGACACGGCUGCUGAGAACAUACCGCAUCAUUGGGGAGCAUGGGGAACCUGGCACAAUGCACCCCACAUUGCCCAGCUCCAGCUGAGGGCAAUCACAUGGGGGGGGGGAACCAUGGAGCAUGUGGCUUCCCCCCAUUUAUUCCAAUGGCAACACGGGAAGCUUCCUGUGUUGCUAUGGUGGCAGCAUGCGCUGGCUCUGCCCUCCAUCAGCCACGGAGCUGCACCGGCAUCAUUUGAUGGGGGCCGGUGGACUCUGUGGGUGACCUGGGCUAAACUGGUGCAUGCCACUGAUUAUAGCCCCAUGUGAAAAGGUCGUAUGUCUUUGAAUUGUAUAUUAGACUGACCAUCAUUCAUUACAAAGAGAGAAAAUAAAGAGAAGAGAACCUUAAAAGUUUGUUUUCACAUUUGAACCAUCUCAGAGAUUAAGAUCUUCUAGGAAGGCCCUACUCUCGGUCCUGCCUCCUUUGCAGGUGGGGUUGGUGGGGACAAGAAACAGGGCCUUCUCAGUGGUGGUCUCUUGGCUCUGGAACUCCCUCCCCAAUGAAAUUAGAUCAGCACCCUCCCUCCUGGCCUUCAGAAAAAAGUAAAGACAUGGCUAUGGGACCAAGCCUUCGGGCAGUAAAGUAAUGCAGUCCAAGAAAUGAAUAGGAAAUAAGUUGAAUUGACAAUAGGAAUUGCUUUGGAUUACAACUCUGGAUUAUGUGAUUCUAAUGCUAUGUUAAGAUGUUUUUAAUUCUAUGUUUUAAAUGUUUAAAUGUCUGUUUAUGUUCUAUGCUUAAUAUGAUUUUAAUGGUUUAAUUUAUAGUUAUAUGUUAUCAUUUUAGUUGUUAUGCUUUGAUUUGUAUUUAUGUUUGCAUUGAAUCUUGCCAUUACUUUAUGUACACUACUUUGGGUCCCCUCAGGGGUAGGAAAAGCAGUAAAUAAAUAAAUAAAUAAAUUUUAUCUGACUUUAUUGCAGCUCAAA